AUGUCCCAAGCCUCGUCCGAUGUGAAGCGAGAUCACAUUUACCUGACCAGCCUGGUGACCAGGAUUCCUACACGGAGACACGCUGACCUCAACAAGUCCAGCCAGUCCAAGACUGACCCGGCCUCAAGCAUAAAGAGGAAGGGAGCAACACUAGAUUCUCAAGCCUCAACCAUGAACCCCGAGUGGAAAAGCAUGUUUGGCUCAACAUCCUCCGAUAGGUCUCUCAGCUCGUCCCCAAAAUCAAAAACGCUUCUGAAGCCUGAAACCAAACCAGCCAAACCCCUGACUGGUUCCCAGUCAAGCUCCACUGGCAGCACUCUACCCACCCUGGAUGCACUCAGGGGAGAUAAGAACGCACAACAAAACCCAGCAUGGGAUUAG